AUGAAUUUUCCUUCAUUUUCUUCUUAUCACUUUGAGGUCGGUGGAAGUGCUUCGUCGAAUCCAGCCACCAAUACUAUUCAUAUAGAACAUGAUGAGGAGCAAGUUGAACCACAACACCACGCAUUGGUCGUCGAAACCCAACAAGGAACCGACAACCUCCGAGGUGUGGCACUAGUGGGCAUAGACAUCAUUAAAGUUGAAUUUGGCAACAUCGUCAAAACCUUACCUGGCUUUCAGGGUCCGUUGCCAUUCAAGCUCGAGACUGGAUAUGUAAGUGUGGAGGAAUCGGAGCUGUUCUACUAUUUUGUUGAGUCAACAGGAAAGCCACGCAUUGAUCCUCUUCUCCUUUACUUGGUUGGAGGUCCUGGAUGCUCUGGUUUAAAUGCACUAUUCUACCAAGUUGGUCCUCUGGCUUUCAAUGGGACAGAGUAUUCUGGGGGUAUACCACAAAUAAUCUUGAAGUCACACGCCUGGACAAAGACAGCAAGCAUAAUAUUUCCUGACGUUCCUGUUGGCACUGGCUUCUCGUAUGCUACAACCCCACAAGGUUACCUUAUGUCAGAUACUAUAUCAGCUAGACAGACUUACAAAUUCUUAAGGAAGUGGCUGAUUGAACACCCAGAGUAUAUCUCGAAUAGGAUCUAUAUUGCCACGGAUUCAUACAGUGGAAUAUUUGCGCCAAUCAUUUCACAGUAUAUAUUAGAUGGUAAUGCAGCUGAACAUCAGCCAUUUAUAAACCUAAUAGGAUUCCUAAGUGGCUCCCCCCAUAUUAAUACAUCAUUAGAGGGAAAUUCAAAAGUACCCUAUGCCCACAACAUGGCACUCAUAUCAGACAAGCUUUACGAGGCAGCCAAAGAAAAUUGCAAUGGUUGGUACUAUGAAGUAGACCCCUCAAAUGCAAAAUGUGUGGAAGCACUUCUACCAAUAUCUCAGUGCGUUGGUGAUAUUUAUGAAGACAAUGUUCUGGAAUCUAAUUGUGCUCUAAUAUCACCAAAACCAGAUGAUGAAUCGGCUCAAAGAGCUCUCAAAGAAGCCAGGCGUUUCCCCCAUCCAUCUCCAAAACAUAAAUUUAAGGACUGGUGGUGCAAGAACUUUGUUUAUAUACUUUCGGACAUAUGGGCAAACAAUAAGACCGUUCAGGAAGCCCUAUAUGUUCGCGAGGGUGGUCAACGAUGGUAUAGAUGCAACCUAGUCGUCAAAUACGCAUACAAUUACGACAUUCGAAAUGUAAUUCCUUAUCAGAAGAAUCUUACCAACUCAGGUUUACAAAUAUUAGUUUACGGUGGCGACCUUGACAUGGUUAUUCCUCACAUAUCAACUGAAAAAUGGUUGAGAAACCUGAAUCUUACCAUUGAUACUUCUUGGACGCCAUGGUUUGUCGAUGGUCAAGUUGCAGGGUAUAAAGUUAUAUAUUCUAAUACAGGAUACCGGUUGACCUAUGCAACUUUGAAGGGAGCAGGUCACUCUCCCACAGAGUACUUCCAUGAACGAUGCUUUGAGAUGUUUCAAAGGUGGAUCCAUUUUUAUCCUUUAUAGUCUGCAUGCGACUUCUUUCCAAACAGCCAGUCCUAGGAUAUUUGCACAAAAUAAAGCUUCUAA